AUGGCGGACAGCAAAACAUUGUCUGUAGUUGAGUUUUUCGAUCUCCCAUGGGAGGAUGUUGUAUUUUCGCACAUUUUCAAGUACUUAAAGAUAUCCCAGAUAUUUAAUUGCCGUCGUGUGAGCAAAACAUUCAAGAAAUUAUGCSAAAACUACUUCGAUUCCUGUAAAAUAUUAAAUUGUUCGGAAGGGGGACCCAGGACCAAGAUAGUGCCUUCUGAAGCGUUUCAACUGAUGGUAAAUAAUAACACAAGUUUACAGCAAUUAAUUCUCAAAGGCUGCAAGGACACAGUGAAUGAUGAUAUUAUUAUUGACGUUUUGAAGCGAAGUCCAAGACUGCUGGCACUUGAUCUUUCAGGUCUGCUUAAUUUAUCAAACUUGGUACUAUUUGUUAUUGCCGAACAUUGUCAAAAUUUGAAGAAGAUUUCUUUGGGUGGGUGUCGAUGGGUUGCUACGGACGGUAUUAUCAAUCUUUCAAUGUGUUGCCCUGGUUUGGAAUAUAUUGACAUGAAUGGAUGCUGGGAAGUUACAGACUACUGCGUGACCUCUUUAGCAUCUUUUUGCAAUAACCUUAAAUUCAUCUCCGUGAGCGGUUGCUAUGGUAUCACUGAUAAUGGUCUCAGGGCAAUCCCWAGGUCAUGCCCAUUUCUAAUGCACCUUGGAGUAAGUGGAUGUUGGAGAAUUUCUGAUGAUGCAAUACGYGCAAUAGGUGAAUAUUGCACAGAACUCCAGUCUUUGGMAGUGAAGGAUUGCCGAGAUGUUACAGAGGCUAGUCUUGCUAGGCUAAGAUUGCGAGGAAUUGCAAUUGAUGUGAGGAAACCACCAACAGAAGGGAUGCCGCUYAUUGGGAAUGUCAGGAUUGCAAGAGUUGGAAAUGACUUUGUUCCAUAUUUGCCAGUCAUUAACCUUAAUAUCUGAGCAAUAAGCAAUGUACAGCGAUGUCAUUUUGUGCUAAGCAAAAUGGUAGUUGUAGUCCUUGUACUUUUUCAUGUCUGAUAUUAACAGUACUUCUGAAAUGUUUUUGCUUUUUCUAAGCCAAAAUAGAUGUUGUUUUGCUGUUUCCUCAAAGAAAGCAAAAAUGCUUUUAUACAAGAUAUUUUAAGGUCUAUUAUAAUUGUGAGGACUACAACUACCAAUAUGCUUUGCUGCACAAAAUUGCGUUUCUGUACAUCAAUGUAUUUUUAAAUGCAAGGACCAUAGAAUACUGUAAAACAUGAGGAUGGGAUGGGUUUUCUAAGAUCUAAUUUUUAAAAAAAAAACAUUCAAAAAGUGGGGAAAUAAAGAAGGGACUUAUUAAUAGAGUACAUAAAAAAAUAUAAAUAAUGCAAAGGUGAAUGUCUGCAACCCGAUUGUCCAUGUCAUUGCAACAAUAUUAAUUGUAUCAAAAGCUUUUACUUUGACAUAUAUUCCCCAAUAAUAAUACACCUCAAAAGAAUAUGGCUGACAUCUUGAAUUCUACUGUUUCUGAGUAUCAAUUCAGUUAGAAACUCUAGGAUAUCUAGAAGGAUGACGCACCAAUUGACUAGCUUUUUUAUAGUUUUGAGAAUGCUAUGCUAUGAGAGUCAAUGUUAUAUAAUACUAGAUGCUAUGGAGGUGUGAAUUUGGGCUACCCAUGUAAUGUGCACUAAAGGUGCACUGAAUUUAAACUGUCCCUUGAGGUGUGAAUUUGGGCUACCCAUGUAAUGUGCACAAAAGGUGCACUGAAUUUAAACUGUCCCUUGUUGCUUCUCCUCGCCUGCUAUGAGGCUAUCGAUGAAGCAAAUUAAAUCAUCAAAGAGCAUCAAUGAGUGAUGUGAUGAGUAACAAAAAUUAUAAAUAAUUUUGGUCCAGCAUUUUUAUUCUUGGGCUUCCUGUGUCAUUCUCAAACAUGAGGUAAUACAAAGAUAUAACAAACAAAUGAAAUACAAGAGAGCAUUUUUUUUUGGUAAAGUGAUCGCUCUUAAACUGUGCAACUGUACAAAUUAAAUAGUGCUAUUUAGUUGUAGUUAUGAUACGCAAUAAACAACAACACUACACUCCUUUAAGACAAAACAUGUUUUAUUUUAUCAUUCCUAAAUCAACUCCAUUAGACUAAAAUAUCAAUAAACUGAUACCUUUGAGCAUAAACACAAAUCCACAAAAUAGAGUGUACAUCAUUUCUAAUGCUCCAUUAUUCAGGGGAUGCCAACUCUCCCGGAUAAUCCGGGAGUCUCAAGAUUUUCGACCGUUUCUCCCGGUCUCAAGAUUUUACCGCUAAAUCUCCCGGAUAAUGACGAUUCAUAUAUCAGUUUUUUGAAAUAUCUCUUUUCAUCUAUUAAAACCCAAA